AUGCCUCCGCCGUCCGGCCCUGAGCGCCUUAACUGGCUCAUACACUUCGUCGCGGAGCCAUCCCAUAUCGCUCUUGGAGUUGCAUCAUAUACCAUUGGGCUACUGCUGUAUCGUAUCAUCAUCAAGCCGCGUUUCAUCUCGCCGUUACGCAAGACGCCAGGUCCUCCAAUUCAGAAUACUCUGCUCGGCCACUUCAAGGAUAUCAUCACGCGCGAGCCUGGAACUGCGACUGUGGAUUGGGCAAAGGAGUACGGGCCCGUGGUUCGGACUGUGGGGCCGUUUGGGAGAGAGAGGGUGGUAUUUUUGAAGACGGAGGCGUUGCAGAAGAUCCUAGUGAGCGAUUGGACGGAAUACGAGCGCCCAACCUUUCUGCGAGACAUGCUUGGACUGGUCGCGGGCUACGGGUUAUUGACAGUCACUGGCAAUGAGCAUCGCCAAAUGCGUCGCGCUAUGAACCCUGCGUUCUCACUCGCUGCCCUCAUGAGCCAGACGGAGAUGUACUUCGAUCACAUCGACGUCCUGACUGGCAUCAUGCGCUCUCAGCUCGUGGGCUCGAAAGAAGGCAAAGUUUUGCACAUGUACGACUGGAUGUCUAAGGUUACUCUUGACAUCAUCUGCGCCACAGCUUUCGGUUACGAGUCUAACUCUCUGCACAAUCCACACAACCCCCUCGCGCACGCCUAUGAGUCCCUGCUCUCACUUCAGUCCGGACCCAACAUGGCGAAGUUCAUGGCAGCAGUCUCAAUCCCCGGCGUCCCUACUCUGCUGAACUCCCGCCUUGGUUUGGCCCUCGCACCUGUAUUCCGUCGCAUCUACGGUUUCGACACAAUCAGCGUGUUGAUCGAGUCUACCCAGAAGAUUCGCGAGUUGAGCCGCGGGAUUCUACGCGAGCGCAUGGCUGAGAGCGAGGGCGCGGUGAAGGGCGACAGCGAAAUCGAGGGAAAGAAGGACAUCUUGAGUCUGCUCGUCCGUGCGAGGAGAGGCGAAACCAAGGACGGAUACCAACUUAGCGACGACGCGCUCGUUGACCAGGUUCUGACAUUCUUAGGUGCUGGGCAUGAGACUACCGCCAGUGGCUUAGCUUGGGCUUUGUACCUGCUGGCGAAGCACCCAGACGUGCAGGAUAAGCUUCGCGCCGAGCUUGCCCCCGUCUUUGCUGCCAACCCUCGUCCGGACUACCGUGAGAUGAAGGAUCUCAAGAUGCUCGAGUGUGUUGUGAUGGAAUCGCUCCGUGUUAUGCCGCCUGUCCCCAUGACCAUUCGUGAAGCCGGCAAGGACGACUGGAUUGAUGGCACCUUCAUCCCCAAGGGUACCUUGUUCUACAUCCCGAUUCGUGCCGUAAAUACAUAUGAACCGAUCUGGGGUCCCGACGCGCAUGAAUUCAAGCCCGAGCGCUGGCUUGAUCUUCCAUCCGAGUACAGCCCGGCUUUCAGCCUACUCAGCUUCAUCGCUGGCGCGCACGGAUGCAUCGGCAAGACUAUGGCCAUCAGCGAGAUGAAAGCUGUCCUUGCAGCCAUGGUCGCUAACUUCGAGUUCUGUCCCUCAUACGAGGGUCAGACUGCUAAACCCACCGCGGCUAUCACCAUGAAACCCGAGGACAACAUGCCGCUUCUCGUCAAGCCCGUGGAGCGCCUGUAA